AUGUUGCAUCAACCGAAAUUGCUUUCCUGGUCAGCAGCUAAAACACGAAUUAUCAACCAAAUACAAUACACAGCAAAAUCUCAUGAAGAACCUCCACUUCGAUCUUCAUUAGGUUCGAGAAUACCUCAAUUUCCAUUGUUCUCAAGCCGAUCAUUGACAAAAUUUCAAUUCGACACUCAUCUUCAAGCAUUUACAUAUUAUCGUGCUAACGACGAUGAUGAAGAUUCGAGAAAUGUCGAAGAUAUCAUCAUUACAUCUUUGUUCUACGAUGAUCCAAAAGAUCCACGCUCAGCAGUUUUCGUGUAUUUCACAUCAUUAACUACAGGCAUCAUUCGACGAUGUCUGAAAUAUGAUUUUCAAUUUCCGUCGUUUCAAUUAUUGAAAUACAUUUCCAGACUUGAGCUCGUCGUCGGUUAUUCAAACAAUCGGAUUUAUUUACUAUCAAAUAAAAAUGGUGCUUUGAAAUAUUUAACAUCAAUCGGUUGCCCUGGUACAGCUCGAAGAAUCAUCUAUGAUCGAACUAUACGUUCACGUGAUGUUAUUUAUGUGGGCGGUGAUAAUGGUCUAUUUGUUCGUUGGUAUCUCGAUGGAUACGAUUUACGACUUGGUGACAGAUUGAAAUCUGUGUUUAUUAAUCGACAACAGAACAUUAUCGACAUGAAACUUGAUCCAAUCAGCCACAAAUUGUUUGUUGUUGCGCAUAAAGGAUGCCUAAUAUUUGAUACAUUGUUAAAUCGAGAAUCGGCCAGUGUUCUAUCUGCACACGGAGCACCGGUUACAUGUGCAAAUAUUUACGGUUAUUCGAUAAUUAUGGGAUUCGGUGAUGGUGUGAUGAAAAUUUUUGAAAUCGGAAGUGAAUCGAUUCCUGUUCGAUAUCAAUUGCAAGUGCAUCAUGCAGCUAUGAUUGGUUUACUAAUUUCUACUGACGGAGUCAUUAUCACAGGUGCUAAUGAUGGAAGCGUCUGUUUUUAUUCACUUGAAUCAUUAGUGAAACUGGGUGAACAUCGAUUUACGGAAUCGAUUGAACGAAUUAUGUUCGUUCGUGGUGAAGAUGUCCUUGUUAAAUUUAAAAAUGAUUUACAACUGUUGAACUAUACUUUACCAAUUCGUUCGUUUUCGGGCGCAUUACAGACGAUAGAUAAUCUGCGUGUAACAUUUCCUGUUGGAAGUAUUCCUUCGCGUGUUGUCACACGAAGUACACACAAUCUUUUUACAGUUUAUAAUCCACGUUCAUCACAAAUCAUCAAUAUUAUUCCCUUAUCUCCAAAUAGAAUUACUGUUAAUGAUUUCAUCUAUGAUUCGGCUGGUGAAAUACUCUAUAUAUCAACUAAUAAAGCAAUAUGUAGUUACAAUUGUUCAAGUCAACCGUGCUAUUUGUUAAACAUGUUUGAAGUAAAUGAUGAUUGUUUUUUCACUAAACUUUGCUGUGUCAUGUGGUUCUCACUUCUUCCUGAGCAUACCAAGAAACGACGAGCAUUUGGUGUUGUUUUCGUUGGCACUACAAACGGGAAAUUAUAUCUUGUUCCGGGUGAUCAUGGACUUAAAUACGCCUUGUUAUCCGAUACACCAGAAGUACUAUUUAGUAGCUAUCAAAUUUUGAAAGAAACAGCAACUGUGGAUACAUUAGAAAUCUUUCAAUCCUAUGAAACCUAUACUACUCGAGGAGGCGCACGGUAUUUACUAGCAAUAGGAAACGAUUUUCAUGCCAAAUUCUAUCGAUUAUCCAUCAGUGGCCAUGAAAUUUUCCUACGCGAAUUGGGCAUUACAAUCCAUCUUGAUGCGCCUUGCAUUGCUGCUGCCAUGGCAGAGUAUCGCAUAGCUAUUGCAUGUGCUUACCGUGGUUAUAUUCGAAUGUAUGCCAUAACGAUCCAUGGUCUCGAUGAAAUCUCACCUAAAGAUAUUCUUUACGAACAUUCUCCGAUCAAAUCAUUGACCGGUUGCGAUACAUUAGGUUUAUUCGCUACGUUGAACAAUACGAACGAAAUUAUGUUGUGGACAAGAAACAAUGAAGCAAUACGGAAAUUGAAAUGUGAUAUUCCUUUAAUGUCACUCGCUGCUCUGAACGAUCGAGGCGAUAUUUUAUUGAUCACUAGUCGAAAAUUAUAUUUUUUGAUGAUCAGCGAUUUUGCACCGGAAAAUAUUCUCUUCGAUCUAACCAAAAAGACAAUUAAAGAUGAUCCAAUCGAAUUACCUGUUCAAUUUAACAAAAAAUUUGAUCCAAUGAAUUUAGUUGAGAUAGGAAAAGAAAUCAUACACCCGAAAACUCCCUCCCCUCCAUUUCUGCGUCAAUCGAAAAAGAAACAGCCGGGUAGCAAAAGAACUUUACCAGAUUCAGCACAAGCAGUACAACUUGAUGCACAAACUGUUCCGAAAAUUCCAACCGAUGUAGAAGAAACGGAUGUAUUGGGCUUUUUCGAGCAAAUCGAACACGACCAAGCCCAAGCUGAACGAGCGAAACUACUCGCACAGAAGAAAGUGUAUCCAAUCGCACCCGAUGGCUACAUUCCAAACUCGACAAUUCGUUCGAUGUUCCAAAUCAAAGAUCUCGAACCGGUCGACGUAAAAAUCUUUCGUUUGAGAUUGAUUCCACCAUCCACGGCAGAUACAGCAACAACGGAAUUAGAUGAACAGAGAAAACGAUUUGCUGUCCUAAACAAUUUUGAUGAAUCCAUUUUUCAACUGUUAAAUAAAAUUGAUAUCCUUGAUAAUUUAGAGAAUAAAACAAACAAAAGUGUUAAUUGGCAAAAUGAUGAUGACGAAUGGGUAGAAUUGAGCGAUCCAGAUGUUGUAAUUGCAGGCACUACAUCCAAACCAACGCCUAUACAAAAACCUCGCAAACUCAAACCAAUAUCUGAUGCACCAACAUCCCGAUCGACUGAAUCUGUUCCUGAUGUAUUCAAACGAUUGAAAAAAGAACCCUGGUGGAAACCAAGUGAUGGUGAUACGAACAGUUCCCCUCGAUCUAUGCUACUCUACCUACUGGAAAUAUUAAAGGCAAAACAGAAGAAUUCUUAUGAACCGGCUUGCAAUUAUGUCACAGAGAUCUUCAAGACUUAUGGAAUUGAACCAGCACUAGUCGAUCAAAUCCUUGAUAUACUAAUUAAUCAUCUUGCUCAAAGUGAAAAUGAUCCUUUAGAUGUUCAUACCGUUCGUACGAUAUCUCAAUUUAUGAUCGAAACAAAGAAUAUUGUCGUCUCACUGCUAAAUUUUGCACUAAAACACGAAGCCGAAAGUCAACUUCGACAAGAAACAAUCAAUGCAAUCAAAUUUAUUACCGAUGUAAACAAUUCCGAAGAUAUUGAGUUGGUUUUUGAAAAUAUGCCUACUGUUUACAGUGCAGCUGAAGAUACAUUUUCCUUGAAAACAAUCAUCGAAAGAAUUAAAAAUAAGCAGAAAAAACCGGCGAUUGACUCAGUUACUGAAGAAGAGGAAACGGCUGAUGAUAAUAUUCAUCCAUUAUUGAAAAAGAUUUCCGAAGAACGUUGGUUUCCUCGUGCUGAUCUUCCAGUUACCCUUGAUUCGAUUAUCGAUGCUAUUCUCAGUAAACUACCUAAUGCCAGUAAAACAAUGUUUAAAACAUUAACAAACUACCUUAUUCAACUGCAUCGUGUCAUUGGAUAUUCAAAAGAGCAGUUUAAACGUGUCGCUGACGGUGUCAUUUCACUUCUAUCUCAUGUUGAUGCUGACUAUCGGUUACGAGCAGCAUCGGUUCUAGCUGAACUUGGGCAAGAAACAAAGGCCAUUGAUAUUGCAUUACUCAAUUCAUUUGUCAAUGAUACUCGAGUUCUUGUGCGAACUGAAUGUAUUGAUGCUUUGAAAAAACUAACGGGUAUCACAUCAGAUACCGUCUUGAAAGAUUGUGCGGAUGAUAUUGAAUAUUUACAAAGUUUGCCAGAAGAAAAUUUUAGUCUUCAAAAUUAUUUGAACGAAAAAGUGCGACGAGCCCCUGCAGCUACAGCAGAAAAAUCGACAAUCGAUGAGCAAAAACUUACGCCAGUUCAUGAACAAGAAGAAGGAGGAGAGGGAGAAAGAAAUGAAGGUGCAGACGAUAAAGAAGAAGAAGAAGAAGAGCAGCGCGACAACCUUCCGAAAGAUGAAGAUGAUCAUGAACAAUCGAAUACAUUUCUUGAUGAUUCUCAAUAUCCAGCAGCGACCAACCAAAACAUCGCUGAAAUUGAUGAUAUUAUUACAUUUGUUCGUUCUCGUUCUCCGUCACCAGACAUUCAUGUUGAUUUACAUACUGAAAAUGUGCCAGCUGUAAAACCUACCACCGAUCCGGGCAUUCGCGUUGAAAUACAUGAUCGGUCGAAGCCACAUGUACCACGAGGGCGAAGAGAAUUGCCACCGCCACGACAUUCAUCUCGUCCACGAACAAAAUCAGUUGGCACAACUAACCAGUCCAAUCGAGUUCCAAUUAAAACUACUGGUUCAAAUUCAUCACCGGAUAGAAAAUUUUCUCUUCUGCCAAAUACUGUCGAUAUGUGGAACUCAUACGGAAAACAAAAUAAUGACGAUGAUGAAGAUAUAGGAUUCAAUACUAACCUGCCAGUCAAUACAGAGCCUACAAUUGAUCCUAUUCAAUCUAUUAUUGAUGAUCACAAACGUCAUGAUGGCUAUUAUCGUAUGAUACCAAAACGUCCGAUACUGGUCCCCCAUAAGGUUACGCUUGGUGAUGUCUUCGGUGAUCAAUUGCACAUUAUUCUCGAUAGAACCACACCUAAUCAGCCACCACCAACAGCAACGGCAGAAGCGACGACCACCAUGCAUCUAUCGGAUCUAAAUCGUAAUAAACAUCAUCUACAUGAAGUGGAAUUCGUUCAAUUAUUAUCAUCGUUGAUGAUUCGUGGAAUUCAACUUCAUAGAAGACAUAAGCGAGUAAUUCCAGGGCCGUUUACAUCGAAUGCUAGUUCAUUGGAUAAUUUUAAUAAUCCACUAACAAUAUCGCAAGUACAUUUACAUCCAUUUACUGAUCCACAACAAACAAAUUCUACGACAUCACUUCAAUUGCCAACAAUUUAUAAACCAAGACGAUCCGCAUCAGAAAUUGCUAGAAUACGAGCCGAUGCUCAGACAAAAGCCAUGCGAGAAGGUAUCAAUCUACGAAAAGUCAAUGAUAUGGAAGAUGCGCUAUCGAGUUUACUCAGAGCCGAUCGCGAACAUAGACGAUCUCGACUGAAUCCUAUUAACAUCUCUUACGCGCCUGAUGCUACAACAACUACAUCCGAUCACCAAGAACUGACACAUGCCAUGGUUCUUGAACAAUUAUUAAAAGCACAAGGUACAUCAAAUCCUCAUCACUGCAUUCAACAGAUCAGUCGAACGUAUCCUAAGUUCAAACCACUUUUACAUUCCCGUGUACCACCAGACCUAAUUUCAGUCAUAUGGAACGAUCCUGUGAUGAGACAAAUCGCUUCAGUCAUUAGUGCUAAACAAGUAACGGGCACCACGCUUAUUCUACAUUAUCAAAGAACACCGGCAGCUACUUUUGAUGAUGAGAAUUCAUCGAACUUUUUCGAUUAUACAGCACCGAAUCAUCUGCUAGCAUCGCAUCAACAACAUCGCGAUGAUCACAAGAAGACUAUUCUACCACCAGUUCAACGUAUUCGAAUACCGUUACCACGACAUGUGCUAAAAUUUGCAUACCGUGAAUUUGUUACUGAUCCUCCUGAAACAACACUCGACACACUGCACAAUGAGACUACUUCGCGAUCGCGCCGUCGCCGACUCUUUAUGCACCUACAUAUGGGUCCUAAUGAUGACCACUUGACGCAACAUACCCAUGAAAAGAACCAGCUACCACAAAUGCUGAAAACAGACUAUUGA